AUGAAAUCUGCAGUCUUCUCCUUAGCUGCCGCCGCCCUCGCUGCCAUAGCCUCGGCCCAGCCCCACCGCCACAGUCAUCGACACAUGGCUCAGCACCACAAGCGUGACGGUAACACACCCGUCGUCUGGGUCACCAAGCCAGAGGUCAAGGUAGUCGAUGUCACAACCACUGUUUGGAUAGCAGCUGCUGAAACCGAAUCGACUUCGAUGUUAGCCGCUUCCGCCGUUGUGGCCCCUGCUAAUCCCACCGAACCCAGUCCAAUUGAAGCUGAGCCCACUGGUGUUCCUUCUGAAGAGGAUGAUGGCGAUGAGCCCUCACUUCCAGAUGUGCCCUUCCCAGAUGAGCCUGAUCUCGAUCUACCCACGCCAGGCGACUUGGAGCCCCAAAUUCCCUCUUCAACCGACCCCGAAGCUCCUUCUCCAUCCGAUCCAGCACCAGAACCUCUGGCACCUCUCAAUCCAGAGCCCGCCACUCCCGCACCUGCUGAACCAGAAGUGCCAGCCCAGCCAGCUCCUGUUCCCGCAGCUCCAGCCAAUGAGACCGAUGUCAACCACGCCCCCAAAUUCGCUGAUAGCAUGACCGAAUUUGCAUCUGGCAGCUCAUGCUCUGCAUCCUCUCCUUGCUCUGGUGAUAUCACCUACUACGAUCCUGGUGUCGGCAUGGGUGCUUGCGGAUGGCAGAGCACCAAAAACGAGCCAGUAGUAGCCCUCCCCCAUCAGUUCAUGGGUGCCCAAUCUAACGGAAACCCCUACUGUGGCAAGACAGUCACCAUCAAGCACGGCGGCAAGACCAGCACGGCAAAAAUCGUGGACAAGUGUAUGGGCUGCAAUGGAUUCUCUAUCGACCUUAGCGACGCAGCCUUCACACAAUUAUCAGCCCUCAGCGUCGGACGGACCGAUGCAACUUGGUGGAUCAACAAUUGA